AUGUCGACGAGACCUCAAACCACCGCGCUUCGUGGAAAGCGGCUCGCUGAGCUCUACAUCACGAGGACCACACCUACCGGCAACGAAUGGAAGUAUCAUCGCCAACAUGCUAAUCCCACAUGCUGUGCGAAAGGUGCGAUCAACCGCAAUGUCACGCGCUGGAGCUCCACCUACUCCAUGCUCAAGCGCUACGUCGCCAUCCUCACCUAUAUUAGGCUCCUGGUCGAUCGCAAUAUUUUGCACCUCACCCCGACCGACGACCAAGACGACGAAAUCGACUUUUGUUGA